AUGAACUGUCGUAGACAAGUUCAAGCCGAGUAUCCCGGAGGUGCAGUUAGCGAGGAAUGGUCACAAUCACUGUUAAUCGCGAUUUCGAAACGUGUUCUUAUCGAUGGCGUUCCCGUGGAUGACGAUGAUUUGCUGCCACCACUGGAUUUCGAAGCACACAUAUUGAGCACUCAAAUGGUACGUCUGGAAUGGACACCACCAGCUGGAGCACUUUCAGAUGGUCAGCACUACUACAUUGUAAAUGUGAAGCAACUGACGUCCGAGGAUAACUCGCCAUUGCUCCGACAACAAAUCAAAAUUGAGGGGAACAGUUUUACGCUGAGUAACUUGAAACCCGGUGAACGCUAUGAGUUGACCAUACGAUCCGCUUCAAGUCCAGAACGUGUCUCCAGUACAGCAGCUAUCGUUGAAAUCACCAUGCCCCGAGAAGAUGAGUACUUCGAAGUGGGCAAUCUCAUUAUCAGUUCGCACUUCAAAGGUACCGGUCAGGGAGUCGUCAAUCUCACUUGGGAGGUUCCGGAAAAGAUGCAAAACAAAGUCAAAGCCUACGAUGUCCAAUUUACGGAAGCUGGUGUGGAAAAUUGGCAGCAGCUGCAGUUCAGUGGUGAUCGUCCAUCAGCUAGCUUAACCACUCUAAAA